AUGGUCAACUUCCAAAGCCCUUCUGUGAUAGCCGCUGACGGCAUUGCUCUUGAGAGCACACAAAACGUGUUCUGUGGCCUUUACUUAUGGGAGUGGAUCACGUCCUUGGAGUAUGAAAUCGCAUACUACAGGCGUAAGCGGCCAUGGAGAUGGACCAUGUCGCUCUACAUCCUGUGCCGUGUGAGCAUCUUGGCCGCCGUAAUCAACCUAUUCGUGGGUGGCGCCGCCGCAACCAACGGUGCUAUCAGCUGUACUGCGUGGGUCAAAUGCAUGUUUCUCUUCUCCUACUUGGGAGUAUGCAUGGCCUCACUACUCAUCGCAUUGCGAGCGUGCGCUAUAUGGGACAGACAUUGGGCUUUGGUUGUCUUCACGGCAGUCAGUUUCUUGGCGCAACUCGCUCUGCAGAUUAGGAGUCUGGUACUGGCAACAGGCGCGCGAGACAGCCAUAGCGGCAUGUGCACUCUCGCAGACGGGGCGACAAGUGGACUACCUAUCCUGGCUGCGGUGUUGGCGGUCGACUUGACUUUGCUCAGUCUUAUACUGAUCGGGUUGAUUCGGAGGCAAGAGAGUCGCGCAUUCGGCUUGGGCAGGAUGCUGUGGAAGCAGGGCAUAGUGUGGAUAGUGGUCGCCAGCCUGGCUGAAGUUCCUACCGUUGUCUUCUUGUCGCUGGAUCUGAAUAUGCCCCUCGACGUGCUUUUCUUGACACCAGAAAUGAUCAUACUAGCAACUGCAGCGACGCGACUAUACCGGUCACUUUCCGAUUUCCUUGUCGUACGGGACGAAUCCUGGGUAACACCCGGCUCUUCAUCCUCUGCAUCUCGAACGCGGGGUCGUUUCUCUGCCGCAAUAAGCCGCAAAAGCGCGAUGGUCAAGUCGGAUCCGAUCCCACUUGACACGUUACGCAGUUACAGUUUGUCUGUUGAAACCGGCGGUGGGUAUACCGGUGUCAGUGAUAGAAAGCUCAGCGUGAGCGAAGCAUCGCAUGCAUAG